AUGCCUUCACAAACCAAUCUCGCGGAGGUUCUUCAGGAUCAAAGCAUUAUCAAGCCUUUCGCCUUAAUUGGGAGCGAGUGGAUUGAAGGGAAAAGAAAAUUUGCGGUCACGAACCCAGCAACAGGCAAAGAAAUCAUUAAUGUAGCUGAUGUCGGGCGAGGCGAGAUAUUAGCGGCAAUCGAAAAUGCACAACAUGCCUUCACGACUUUUGGCCGGACUUCAGAGUACGAACGAGCCACAAUGCUGAGAAAAUGGGCCUCCUUACUCCUCACUCUUGAGAACGGCAAAACUCUGGCCGAAGCUGCGGCGGAGGUGGAAUAUGGUGCUUCUUAUCUUGAUUGGUUUGCAGAGGAGGCGAUUCGAUCUUAUGGGGAUACUAUUCCGUCAAGAAAUCCUGCUACUGCAAACUUCGUCAUUCGCCAACCGGUAGGAGUCUGUGCCAUUAUUGCGCCGUGGAAUUUCCCAAUUGCGAUGAUCACGCGCAAACUGGGACCGGCUAUCGCGGCGGGAUGCACAGCCAUUGUUAAGCCACCACGAGAAACCCCAUUGUGUACAUCAGCACUUGGGCAUCUCGCUCUUCAAGCAGGCAUCCCACCGGGUGUUAUUCAGAUUGUUCCGUCUACGGAUCGAGCUGCAACCGCGGAGCUUUAUACACAUCCAGCGAUACGCAAAGUCAGUUUCACAGGAUCGACCAAUGUCGGCAAAAUUAUUUCGGAGCAGGCCAUCCGCACGAUGAAGAGAUUCUCAAUGGAGCUAGGUGGAAAUGCACCUUUCAUUGUCUUUGAUGAUGCAGACAUCGAUGUGGCAGUCGAGGGCGCUGUAAACUGCAAAUUCCGAGGCUCGGGUCAAACUUGUGUGUGCGCAAAUCUGCUGUACGUUCAGCGCGGUAUCCAUGACAAAUUCACGCAGCGCCUAGCCGAUCGUAUGCGAUCGUUUGUUGUCGGAUCUGGCCUUGAUCCAAAAGUUACCCAUGGUCCGCUGGUGAAUGACGCCGCUGUCCAGAAAGUCAGGACACAUAUCGAGGAUGCAUUAGCCAAGGGUGCCACUUUAGUUAUGGGCGGUACAGUUCCUAAAUCCCCAGGAUUCUUUAUUGAGCCGGCAUUGAUGACGGGAAUCACUGGAGAGAUGAUAGUCACAAGGGAGGAGACCUUUGGCCCGCUGGCGGCGAUCAGAAUGUUCGAUACGGUCGAAGAAGUGAUCGAAAGCGCCAAUAACACUGAAUUUGGUCUCGCUGGUUACUUCUUUAGCCAGAAUUUGCAAACCAUUUGGCGGGUAGCAAGGGCUUUGGAGGUCGGAAUGGUGGGUGUGAAUACAGGUAAGAUCAGCGCUGCAGAAGUGCCAUUUGGAGGAGUGAAAGAAUCCGGGGUCGGACGCGAGGGAAGCAGAUAUGGUUUAGCAGAGUAUCAAGUCAUGAAAACUGUAACUAUAGGGGGUUUGCCGGCCUAG